AGAAUACGCUGGUCUGUUAGAACUGGGUCUAAGCUCUAUCCGAACGCGGCCACUGUUAAAAACCUAAAGAAAAAAUGUCAAAGAUUAGUUUUAAAAUCACACUUGCUUCCGACCCCCGGCUUCCAUACAAAGUGCUAUUUGUUCCUGAAAAUACACCAUUUACUGCGGUUUUGAAGUUUGCAGCUGAAGAAUUUAAAGUACCUGCAGAAACAAGUGCAAUCAUAAUAAAUGAUGGAGUAGGACUAAAUCCAGCACAGUCUGCUGGAAAUGUUUUUCUUAAACAUGGCUCAGAACUCAGACUCAUUCCCAGAGACAGAGUGGGCAGCUGUUAACGUCUACUAGGCAUCAAGUUUAUGAAACAUGACUUCAUGUGCUAGAGGAACUAUUUAUUAAGAAAAUUAAAGGCCUCAAAACAACAAAAUUCUAUAUUUGUUUUAAGACUAUU